AUGGCGGAAACUGGGACUGUCUGGAUGGAUCUGCUUCUUCAUGAAUCUUCCCUACGGCUUCCCUCAACUGCUGAGCCACGGCUUCCUUCUCCGCAUUGUAGUAGUCGUUCCACAAUGCAAAUAGCCGAGGAGGCUCCGAAGACUGCUUUUGUUAAUGUUGUGUCGUCGUUGCCCUUGUUGCCAAUGUUGGCGAUUGAUGUCGACUCAACCGCCUAG